UUGUGUGUUUGUGCGCGCACUCGCGUCUGCAUGACUUCUCAUAUGCCAGAUCAGCUCUGAGGGACAUUUGUGAUUAAGCGGCCGAAUGAUCUCACUGACAUUUUAGAUUAGCACUCUCUGCAGGGCUCCCCUGCCACUGACACAGGACAAAGACAGCAAUUUAAACAAGUGAGGAUGAUGAUGGUGAGCGACGACUGUCUGGUGGAGUGUAAGAUCGACGACGACAGCGAUGAAGAUGACGGAGGAGGGGAGCAGAUGAGCACUCCCCCUCCUCCUCCUCCUCCGGAGUUUGCAUCCAAACCUCCGACACCUCCCACGGCCCCUGCUACACCCACACCCACCUGUCCGGUCAACAGGGACCCUUAUGGCAUCAACAAGCAUCUACAGGUGGAGGUCAGCGAUGUGCUGGCAGAGCCCGCUGCGCCGCGCAGCAUAGACAAAGUGUGGCUUUACAGCGUCACCGGCUUUGAGAAGACUCGCUCCUGGACGUACCGCGGCCUCACCUUGCUGCUCGCAGUGCCCUUCGCUCUCCUCUGUGGCGUCUUCCUGGCCAUUCUCGCUUGUCUGCACGUGUGGUUCGUGGUGCCUUGCAUACAGCUGAGCAACACCUUCCUUCCAUGCCUGCGCUCCCUGUGCGUGUGCUCCGUGAACAUGUUCAUCUCGCCCUUUUGUGCGUCUCUCGCCCUCUGCUGCAGUCAAAUUGCCAUUUCGCUGUCUAACAAGGACUGGCAUCCAACGGGGGACAAAGAGGCUGCCCGCGUGUAGGACGCGGCAAGUGUGUGACCGAGUCAGUGUCGUGGCGCUCGAGUCCAGGACUUGUGACUCGACGAGGAGUCAGACUUUUUUUUUUAUUAGUUUCUUUAACGAGAAGAAAUAACAAGAAGACAUUGGUAGCUGUAUUAAUACUCUAUAAUUAUCAAAUUUCAUGCAAGGGCAGGCACCUGUGUUCAACGGCCUACAUGCAGAUUCAUGUGCAUACAGUCAGCUAAUACGACGAUACAUAAAGAGACUCCUGUGCUUUCCUUUCAAAUGUUUCACAUCAAAUUUAACCACAAUGACACCGACACCCGACUCAAGUAAUCUGGCUUCACUGGGGCGCUUCUUAUAUGAUUGGACUCUGACUCGAACGCUGGGGAAUUGAGACUUGACUCAGACUCAGAAUUUAGUAAGUUGACUACAAUACUGGACUGGAAGAGAGUGAGAGGUUUUUAAAAAAAAUUUUUUUUUACUAUGCAUCUUGUCUUUGUUUGUAUUUGAAUUGGCACAUUUCUGCAAGUGUUGCUGUUGGAUGUUUUCUAUACGUAAAGCUUAUUAUCAUUAUUAUUACCUUUCCUUUUACACUGACUUCAGAUGUCAUUCUGAGAUAACUGUUUCAAACAAAUAAUAAAAUUAUAAUUGAU